UAACGGGCGAAGAGUUGGAAUCAGUGUCAGCACUUCAGCCGGUAGGGUAUAUAACCCCAACAUUGCACCCGCUUCCUUUUACAUACAAACUACAAGGAAGGGUGGGCACGCAAAGAUGAACCGAGACUUAAAGUAUUGGAAAGAAGCAGCCACUGUCAUCUUAACUUCAGGUAUUCGAAAUUGCUUUGUGGACAAAGGUUCCACCAGUACACAGGCUUGUCAGCCUCCACAUUCAGUGUCUAAACAAGAGACAAAUGUAAUUCACUCAUGGUUGGAGAUGCCUGUCUUUGAUUAUGCUGUACUUAUGUUACAACGGAGUGCAAAAAGCAGUUUCAUGCCUCAUGCUCAGGUGUUCCCUGGAGGUACAGUCAGUUCAUCUGAUUUUUCCAGUGAGUGGAUUCAGAUGUUUCAGCCCUUUUGCAAGCCACCCAACUUUAAACUAGGUACAGUCAAGCAAACCUCCAAGAGACCUCCAAUUCUUGCAAUGGACAGGAGAAAUCUAGGAUCAGAAAUCCCUGGAGAAGUAGCUUUCCGUAUUUGUGCUAUAAGGGAAACCUUUGAAGAAUCAGGGAUUCUACUUGUGAAGCCAAAUGCCUCUGAAACAUGUUUGAGCAGCCAAGGGGCCAUAAAGCUUCCACAGUACGAUCAAAAGGAACUUGCAAAUUGGAACCAGCUUGUACGGAAAAAUGCAGCAAAUUUUGUAGAACUUUGCAAACAGCUGGACUGUGUACCAAAUAUUUGGGCAUUGAAGGAGUGGAGUAAUUGGUUAACACCCACGUAUAUGGAGAGAAAACGUUUUGAUACUGUAUUCUUCAUCUGUUGUUUGCAAGAGAUUCCUUUCACAAUGCAAGAUGGCCAUGAAACUAUUUCCUACAACUGGAUGUCCCCAUCUGAUUUUAUUGAAAGCUGUAAUUUGGGGAAACUUUACAUCGCUCCCCCACAGUGGUAUGAACUGGGCAGACUAUGCCAAUUACCCCAUUUCCAAGAUCUGCAACAGUUUUGCCAUUAUCGGGCAUUGGAAGGCUGUGAGCGAUGGCUUCCGAUCCGUUUCCUUGCUUCUGAUGGCUAUGCGAUUUUGUAUCCUGGUGAUGAACUUUAUCCAGAGGAUCCAGAUUACACAGGGGAAAAGGAGAUGAACUUCACUUCCUCGAAAACUCUGGAACAGCUGAGGUUGGAGGUUACCAGACUACAUCGCAUGGAACUGAGAGAUCAGUAUUUUACUCUGUAUGUGAAUAUUGAGCCCCAGUAUAAACAUAUCAAACCACUAAUUGUGAACACAAGAGUCUCCAGACAUCUGUAAAUUCCAUUUAACGAAUAAACAAAAAUA